UCUUCAGCUGUCUUCGGUUGUGCCACCGUCCAUGUGUGACCCCCGAGAGCGACGUAGCCGAGCCGCCGGCGCCAGUGGCCGCAGCCGCCGCUGGCACCAACGGUCUAAAUCGAGCUUGAUACCCCUGGCAAAUUUUUUCCCAAAGGAUAAUUCACUCAUACCUGGCAAAAACAGGCUGCAUCAGACAAUGCCAGAGGAAAUAUCUCCAGAUUCUAAGUGCCCAAUCUGCCUGGACUUGUUUGAAAAUGUGGCUUAUUUGGAUCGUUGUUGGCACAGAUUCUGCUUCCGGUGUGUGUUGGAGUGGUCCAAAAACAAAGCAGAAUGCCCACUUUGUAAACAGCCCUUUCGUUCCAUCGUGCACAGCAUGCGAUCUGCAGACGACUACAAGGUGCAUUCUGUUAGGCCUUCAGAAAUGGAAGCUUUUGCUAAUCCUAAUGGGAGGCGAUUCCGUUACCCGACCACCUUAACAGGAGAACAUCCUGCACGUGUUAAUCCCCAAAGGACUUCCUCCUCUCGAAGGACAAUGUCUUCCCCAAAUUGUGGGAUCUUGUUCGAAGGGUUAUCAACUCAGACAACAAGGCAGAGAGAUGCAGAAAUGCAUCAGAUGAUCAGACGGCUUGCAUCAAGGCGACAAGCUAGUUUGGAGGGUAGAUUUAUGCGACACAUUCAAGAGCAAGAGAUGAUUAGCUUUCGAAAAGGUCUGUAUCGUUCUGGCACACGUGUAAGAAGUAUUGAAGAUGGAGGACGUUAUCGGGACAUAUCGGCUGAAUUUUUUCGCAGGAAUCCUGCCUGCCUUCAUAGGCUGGUUCCAUGGUUAAAACGUGAACUUACCGUUCUUUUUGGCAUUCAUGGAUCCCUAAUUAAUAUCGUACAACAUAUAAUAAUGAAUAAUUUGACCAAGUUUGAUUUAGAAAGCGAAGCAUUUUCUAACGAAUUACAGCCAUUUUUGCUCCAAAGCACAGAACACUUCUUACACGAAUUUGUCAGCUUUGCUCGAUGCCCUUUUAACAUAGACGCAUAUGAUGAACAUGCAAAUUAUGACUGUCCGGCUCCAUCACGUGAAGACGGAAGCAACUCUGAGUCUUCCAUUAUUACCAUCUCUCCUGAUGAGACGGAAACCCAGGCACCAGAAGUGAACGCUUUCAGAAGUGACACGGGCCAGGCACCCUGGGAUGACGAAACGCCUGGCCCGUCGUAUUCCAACUUAGAGCAGAUUCAGGCUUCUGCAUCCACUGCUCCAGACAGUUCUGAAAGCUCUGAUGAUGACCCUUCUGUGAAUAUAACUGAGUUGCAGGGGUCAGAACAAGCAAAUAUAGAGGUGAAUGGCGACAGCUGUGAUUCUUCAGACAACUGUGUUAUUGUUGACUAUGUCAAGCCCCUGGCUGAGAGAACACCUGAGCUUGUUCAGCUGUCCUCAGAUUCUGACAUUUCAGCAGAUGAUGGGAAAAAAGAAGACGUGAAUAAAGUGCAGCCUACCCAAUUGCGCAGUUUUAGCGAUAGUGAUGGUAGUAGGUCUGCAUCACCAUCAUCUGCCGGGUCCAAAGAUGAUACUGCCAGUGUUAAGAUUAAUGACUGUCUCUCCGAUGAAAAAAGGAAAUCUAAGAGGAGUGAAAAAGAUGAAAAUAAAUUAAGAGAAGUGUCUUCAUUACAAAGCUUUUCUUCAAAGGAAGCCUCUUAUGGAUAUAAUGCAUCGAAAAGAAGGAAAUCUGAGUCGCAUAUGCAGCACUCUGACAGAGAGCAUCACAGUUCGAAAAGGAAGAGGAAGCAUCGCAGCAGGGAAAAACGAAAAAAGAAGAGAGAUGGCAGUAGACAUAAGCACAAAAAGAAUAAAAAGAGAUCAACCCGAGAAAAGAGUACAUCCCGUUCUCUUUCUCCAAGUAGUGGAAGCACUGAAUCUAGAGAUUUAAGUGGGUCACGAUCUCGAAGCAGAGAGUAUAGUGGAAUUUCCAGGAGUAAAGACACUGAUUAUUAUUUGAGAGACGAUUACCAAAAAAACAGAAAAAGAGGUGAAUAUGCUUUAUACAGUCCAAAUGCUAUCAGAGGUUAUGAAAGACUUCGAUCAAGAAACCGGUCAAGAAGCCGAUUUAGCAGCAGAUCCAGAAGCCGAUCCAGCAGCAGAUCCAGAAGUCGAUCCAGCAGCAGAUCCAGAACUUCCAGGCAUCCUGAUGGAGGCCGUUCUGAAAAGCCAGGUGGGAAAAGGAAAUACAAGACACGUCACUUGGAGAGCACCCAGAGGGGUAGUGAGGAAACCUCUUCUGUAAGAGAAAGCAAUUCUCUAAAGAAAUCCUUACCAAAGGACCAGACCAUUUGUGGAAAAGUGAUUAGUGUUGCAGACAGGCAACCUCAAACAGAGACUCGACACAAGAAGAAGAAGAAGCGGUCAAGAAGCCCAAGUGUUGAAAUUAUUUACGAAGGUGUGUGUACAUCAAGAUACGACAAAAAGAAAACAAAAAGAAUUAAGUCUACCAAUCCUAUCAAUUCCUCUCCACUAUCUUCUGUUGUAAUUACAAUUGACAGUGAUAGUGAUAGAGAGAAUGGCAUUAAAGACCCUGAAUUUUUCAACCAGUUGCCAACUAAGAGAUCAUCUUUGUUUUUACGUCUGGCACAAAUGAUAAAUGGCAAUUCACACUGCCAGCUACAUUCACCAGAGCAGGAUGUGUAAUUUUUUAAACUUUUUUUUUAAAAAAUAAGAUUUUUCAUCUUAGGAUAGGUUAGGCCGUA